UUAGAAUGAAGGUUCCCAAGGAACUAAAGGACUUCGAGGAGGCGAUGCAGGACUUGAUGAAGAUCAGAGUGCCCCUCUCGAAACGAACAGUAGAAAACAUCACUCAUUUAGGCUUCAGCGCUAUAAACUACUACAAGCAUGUAGCAGUCAUCAUCGAGAAGUUCAUCAAAAAAUGCAAACCAACUCACAAAAUUUGUGGACUGUAUGUUAUUGACGCUUUGGUCAGAUAUACUAUAAAGCAAAAAGGCAAAGAAGGAGAUCAUUUGGGGCCUCGAUUUACCAGAAAUUUCUCCGAGACGUUCGAAAGAAUAAUGCACUGUCCGUCAAAAGAUUACCCGAAAGUCAUAAGGGUUCUGAAUCUAUGGCAGAUGAAAAAAAUCUACUCGUGUGAUGUGAUUCAACCUUUACUGGGCAUUGUGACCAAAUUUGUCGAAAGCAAAGACAUUUCAAGAAGCCCCUCAAUGGGCGAAGGUGGAAUGGGUAGUGGGAAUGGGGGAAGUUUAGAUGGACCUUCGACUCCUCCCCAAAAUGACGAAGAAGACAGCUAUGACGAGGAUGCAGAUAACGGCUCAUAUAUGUCGGAAAUAGAUGGUUCUUUUGAGCAGCCGAGAACCCCGCCUUUACCCGAUCCUAACUCGUACCCACUUGGACCUGGUAAAAAGUCACCAUCACCAAAAACUAAACGCCCCUCGCCUCACAAGAAAAAAUUUCAGCCCUUGCUAGAAAUCAAUACUUCGUUGGCUGUCGAGGAAAUGACUGAUGAGGAUAAAUAUACACCGACAACUAGCGAAAAUGUAAGGAAAUUGGGAGAGCUUCUAAAUGUAACGUCAGGAGAAACAGAAUCGAAAAACAACUCGACCGAGAAAACUAAUGCAGCCGAAUUUUUACAAUUGCUAAAAACCGUCAAUGACGAGUUUUCACAGGAACUGCCGUUUGGUUCUGAUACUAAGUUAGACCGAGAGUUGCGAGGUGAAGAGUUGCGUUCAGAUUUAGAAAGCGAAGUUCUAGGAAAUGAGUCAUUAACAAAAGAGUGCGUGAAUAUUCCACUUGAGUACAAGAAUACUGUUGAUAUGUCGGAAUUUAGUCCGAUUUCUGACGGGCAAGAUAUCAAUGGAUCUGACAUGGAUAUCGAAUCAGCAAAUAAAAAGACUGAAAAAUUGAAAAGUCCUGAAAAUGAUGUCGUUGAAGGAGCUGUGAAGCCUGAAAUAGAGUUCUCGAAUGAAGGAAAAGAGUCAAAAUUGGUUGCGUCAAACUACGCCGAGGAUAACGAAAACAUAAAAAUCACAGUACAUCAAGAUGCAGCGGCUUUAACAACAGUUACAUUAGAAAAUAAAGAGGAAGAAAAGACGAGAAAGCGAGAGAAAAAGAUGCCGAAAAAAGAAAAGACGAAAAUAAGUCAAAGGACGCCUCGGGACCGGAAAAGAAAUUACAGAGAGAAGAAAGGCAGUCCGGUUGAGAAUUUGAUGCCAACUGGAUCUGACCUGGGCGAGUUGUCGGACUAUCAACAACCUGAGCUAAUUAAACAUGGUGCUAAAACUAAAUUAUCGCCGGAAAAGCCUAUGCUCACGAAACACAUUAAGCGGAAGAAGCACAAAUCUAAUAGUUUUGCUACAAAUGAACGCAGUCGUUCUUCAAGCAGUGCCUCAGAAAAGAAGAAGAGCAAAAAGUCGAAGAAGAAAAAGAAGAAAAACAAGAAACAUAAGAAGAAGGCGAAAAAUAAGCACGAAUCGUCUAAAAAGUCAGACAGUAGUGAAGAGAAUAGCGAUGGUAGCGAGAACGAUGAACAUUCGAAAAAGAUUCACAGAACUCCAACGAAGUCCUUGAAAGAAGAAUUGGAUUUGAUAAGUGCAAGAAAAAACAAAAAGCGGAAAAAGGUUGAUUUUGACCUUGAAAAUGAACUGACCACAGAUCCUAUAGUUAACUAUGGACCGCAUUUGUACCCUAAAAAGUGUAUUAUCAUAUACAGUACUGUUUUAUCAAUUAGCAAUAUCACCGACCUAAGUUUCAAACGUGUAAAUGAUUUAUUGAAAGUGUACGGGAAUGUUUUGAGCGUUGAAAUGGUCGUAUCUUUGAACAAAGCUUUAGUUAAUUACUCAGAACGCAAAUCAGCCUGUUGCGCUCUAGUUUCGCUUAGACACAGGAACGAGUUCGGAAUUUCUUGGGCUUUUCCGAAGCCAGUUAGCCAGCCACCCUGGAUUGAGAUGUGGGAUGGAUCAGUGGGAUGUUGUGUUGUUCCGUGGAAUAAAGCGCCUAAGGAUCCCUUGGUAGCCUUUUUGGAUGGCUGCUUCAUAGAUAAGUCAACUUUGCCUCCGCCUGAAGAAUUGACAAAAAAUAACGAAGUAACCAGCUCUACAGACCCGGAUCGGACGCUGACCUAUUCACAAAUAAGUGAAGACGAAAGCAUAGGAGCACCAUCUAACGCCGAGAUCAAAAAGAAGAUAGCGAAGAUGAUUGCCAAAAGUCAAAAGAUUGGAGCUGCAAACGACGAGCCGCCUUCGCCUAAAAAGAGCAAAACCGAAUCGAGUGUUUCUAACAGUUCAGCAUUCAAACCUGCCCCAUUUGCGCCAGUUGACAGGAAAGCUGAAGCAACAAGGUUCAGUGCCUUCGGAUGGGGAUCAGCGAAAAAGGCGACAUCUGACUCAUCUGCUGCUACCACAUCAACAUCAACAUCGAGCAGCAAUCCUCUUGCAUCAACAGCAGAAACGACGGCAUACAACUCAGCUAACAUGUACAUGAAUGCCCAUUACCAGAACUACCUUCAAACUGCCGCCAUGUAUCAACACAUGUCAUACCCGCCCGGAUACACUUACCCUUACGCCAGCUAUGGUGCUUACAACCCAUAUGCUUAUUCUGGGGGGUAUGGAAUGCCGACACAAAACUAUCAGCAGAUGUACGGAGCCGCUGCGGCAUCAUCGUCAAACAGUCCGUAUACUGCAUUUGUCAAUUCAGAGGCUUCGUCACAGUCUGUUACUGGUGCUUCACCUUCGAAAAAUGCACAGACGAAAACGUCAUUCGCAAGCACGAAUCAAUCCUCGACUUCGGCGGUGACGAGUAAAGUCGGUUAUAAUCCUAGCAAGGUGCCAACUUGUAGCUCAACUACGGUACCAAGGUCAUAUAGCAAUUUUCAUGUGGCUCCGCCUGUUCCAAGUUCGAAUGAUAGUACGCCAAGUAGUGGAAUGAGCUCCUGGACGGACAGUGCAACCAAGCUAAAUACAUUGUGGAAUAAUACUGUAACUAGUAGUCGUUCAAGUGUGGCCGCAAACAUUGCAAAUUUUACUUCGCAUGCAGCAACGCCUUAUUUGACUUCGAACACAGCAACGUCUACCUUUUCGUCGAAUGCAGCAACGCCGCGAGCUCUACCGGGAAUUGAUGGAAGUUCAAAUUCAAAAGACGUCGAUUUUAGAGUGCAAGGAUAUCCUCUACCGCAGCACAAGAAAAUUCCACCAUCAGCAGUGACUUCAAUUUCGCACGGGGUUGCAAUUAACCCGGUCGUUGUAUCAAACUACAAGAACUCGACGACAGUGCAGCGUGAACCGACAUUUGUAAAUCAGAACUCGAGUAGCUUUGGAAGCUCGGUGACUAGUUCGAGUCCCAUUGUUGUUUCAAGUACGUCAAGCACAUCAGCGCAGUCAGUGAAAUACUUUUUUCAGUCGUCAGUAGCUAAUCAACUCCAAACACCAAAAGGAGUUAGUUUUUCUUUGGCUUCAGCUGCCAAAAAUCCAACCGAUGUUGCAAUCAACGCUGUUAAAGCUUUCUUGUCCUCAAGCAAUAGCGACAACAGUAAAGAUAGUGUUUCUAGUGCUCAGAAUGGUGCCAAUUCAAGUUUGAAGCAGAUGCUAAUUCCUCCAGUGCCACCACCGUUCCCUCCGCCUCCGAGUUUCAUGCCGACUUCCAAAGGUUCCAGGCAACCUUCAAAACCUCCGUUGACGGGUACCAGGUGCACUUACAUGUCGCAAUAUAGUCUUGCCAAUCAGUCUGAUAAGUCAAUGACUUCUGCCGCUAACAGCAGUGUUUUAUUGGCUUCUAGUGCAACUACCGCCUCAAAUGGUGCUUAUGCGACAUCUACAGCUCCUAUGAGCACUCAAUCAAACAUCAAUUCCUUAAUGAGUUCUACAUCAUCAACCAGUUUCCUAAAUGUUUCGUCCGCCGCUGUAACCGUUGCAAAUAAUUUGUCUGAUAAAUCAGCUUCAAGAAGGUCAGAAGAGACUUGUUUGCUAUCCAAACGUAGCGAUAUCUCGGAUCCUCUUAGAACACUUGAAUUGAGCGCACCAGGCACUGUAAGUAAUGACACCGCCGUGAAUAAUCAAACGGCAAUUUCUCCCACCAGUCCCAAAGUGUCAACAGAUGACUUUAAAGAAUCUGUGUCUCGUGAAAUCCCAAUUGUUCCAGUGCCAAACCCAUCAGAAGGUUCCCUCGAAAAGACAAAUGACUUGGAUCAUGGAUUCCAAAACAGUGCGCAUGAUAUUUCGAAGUUUUUUAUGAAUUCUAUGCGACAUUCUGGACCAGUUACUACUAAUCAAGUGUCGGCGAAUGCGGAUAAAGCUCCUCAAAGUUUGCCAAUACUUACGUCUACAAAAGAUAAUAACGAUUGUGUUGGAAAUAACACAACAACUAGUGGUGAAAAUGAUGAUCAGCAAGAUGUUGAUAUGGAUGAAGUGCAAUCACAAACCAUCUCGGAUGACGGAACGGUGACAAGCGAGUUCGCUAACUUCCUGAAAAGUGCCCGAGAGUGCUGUCAAAGUGUCUUGGAUAAUUGUGAAGAACAGAGAUCGAUGCCAUCUAGUGUCGAGAAUGAACUCGAAUCUGAAUACUUGUCUAGCCGUCAGGCGCCACCACUUAUUAGGUUUUUAAAGUCGCAGACAGUACCCAUGUUCCACGAAAGGACAUUUCGACCUCAUUGUCAUGAUUCACAGCUGGUACCUCGAGGUCCCAUUUUGAAUGGUCCAGAUAGAGUUGGAAAUCGUCCUGGACACGAACCAGUUCGAAUCAGAAUUCCAAUUUUCCGAGCAAGGAAUCCGGAUCAGAAUGAGGAAAUUAUGAGACCACGGGGAAUGAUGUCAGACCAAGGGAAAAUGAGAUUCCCGCCUCCGAGACCAGAACUCGCAAACACCCCUCCUCCGACAAGAGCUGUGCCUCCACGAUUUAUGAGAGUUCCUGCGAUUAGACCGAAUUUCAGAGGUCCUUUACCAGAAAACAUCCGCCGUAUUCAACCAUUGCGAUUUCAUGGACAAACGAGUUUUGAGCCGCAACCUCCGAUAGAAUUGUCUAGAGAUGAUGUGCGGCAGAAUACUUCAAAUCAACUCUUAAGGAACUUGGUAGUAUCUGCUGGAGUUGACCGGGGACCCGGCGUUCCGUUUUCAUCUGCCCAAAGGAUGAGUUUCGCACCUCCUACUGGUGGUCAAAAUAGACCGUUUCGACCUCACAUGGCUGAUAUGCCUGGCGUUAUGCUACGAAACGAACUUAAAUCCAGGCUCACAAUGGAAAGCCCCGAAAAAGGGUCUGGCAUGUUAGAGAAAAGAGCUGAAAUGAUUUUGCGCAAAGAAAUGCAAAUCGCGUUACGUGCAAUAAAUCCAAACAAUUUUGAAGGCGGAACCAGUGCUGCGACUGGUGCAAAAGGUGAUCUAAAUGAGUUCACAUAUUCAACAAAUAUCAAGUCAAGACUAGGGAGCAUUGAGAGUAAAACAUUGAAUCCAAUCAGGAUGAAUAAUGGAGGGGGUGUUGUGAGGCUAAAUCUAGGAGAUCCGGGGACUGGUAUAUCAUUAGAUAUAUCGAGGGGAUCCGUAGGUUCGAGAAUCGAAAGAUCGAAUUCCGACGGAACAUCUGGCAACAGUCCAAUAAAACGAAACUUCGCUCAGUCGAAUUUGAGCCCUAUCAGGUCGAGUGGCUUCACUAAACAAAUGAGUGGAACUCAGCAUCAAAAAGGAGCGAUAGGAAUUGAUUUGAACAUUCCGUUUAUGUAAAUCUGAAAAUUAAAACUUGCCUUUGCAUGAAAGAUUCGAAAACUUGACUAUUGGACAUUUUCUGCUAGGUCUCUCAAACCGAAAAUGAGUAACCUCGUUUAAAAUAGUAACAAGAACUUGAUUAUGAAAUACCUCUAUGUGGUCAUUUACUGGUUCGUAAGCUAGUAUGUAGCAAUUUUGUUCUCUUUUUAUUUAUCGCCUUAGUUUAAAACUGCUACGGUUUCCUUCUUUCAAUUCGCAAAUGAUUUAAAUGUAAAUUUAUCUAUUCUCUUUGUCGUAUUCAAUUCUAAAUUUUUAAAUCAG